AUGGCUGCUGCAAGAGAUAAUUUUAAGCCCUACAUACCUGUUGCCGGUGGCGCGGAUGAUGGCUGGUCAAAAGAAGGCCAGGCGACUGCCACAUGCUACUGUGGGGCAGUACAGCUGGCCUUUCCAACACAAGGCCCCGGCCUAAUCGACACAUUCACCUGCCAUUGCGUGGAUUGCCGAAAAAUAACCGCAUCCAUGUUCGCCACUAAUUUUAUUGUGGCCGACUCAGAUCUAAAACACCUACGUGGCCAAGAAUCCCUCAAGUCAUUUAGCCAGUCGAAAACCAUAGCCUCCGGCAAGGCAAUGACAAAUUGUUUUUGUUCUACAUGUGGCUCGCUCAUGUACCGCAUCAGUGAAAUGUUCCCGGGACAUAGUAUCCUGCGUACCGGAACAGUGGAUGAUUUCACCUUGCAUGAAACUAAGUUGAAGCCCAGGUUUGAGCUAUUUACCAAGGACCGUGUGGGAUGGCUUCGCUGUGCAACUGAUGUGGAGCAGGUCAUGGGAUCUGCUUAUAUUCCAAAGGAUACCGGUCCUUCUCAACUCUGA